AUGAUGACCAGGUGUAUAUGUGAAAAAACCCUGGGCAAAAUCAAAGUUAAACUACAGUGCCACUGCUGUAAAAAGUGGGCGCAUCAAGAGUACACGGGCGUUCUAUCCAACUGGACAUGUGCCGAGUGUGAGGAGGAAGCAUCAUCCACCGAAGAUGAUGCAGACUCUAAAAAUGAAGCCGUUGACAGUUCAGGAAGUGAACCGAAGGCAGUCACAAAAAUCAAAAAUAAGCGUUCAACAUCACAGAAAAAAUUUACAUUAAACGAUGUAAUGAUAAAGCUGGAAAAAAUUUAA